CACUCGAAGUCGAAAUGGCCGAAUGGCGGCAAACAGCUUCCAGGCAACGCUCGGCAUGACAAUCCCUCUGAAGUCGAUGUCGCAAGCUUCUUUGCACUAAUUUUCAUUGCCGAGGACUGUGCUGUAUUUAUUCUAUUUGAAUUUCUUACCUGGUCCAUCGGAAGUUAUCCCUCCACUUGCAUCUCAAGAUUAAUUGAUUCUAAGGCUCUGGGCGCCAGACAGGAUGUCUUCAAGCAAGAGCACAACUUCAGAUGGAGAUCAGACAAGAACAAGUGAUAAGAAAUACAGUAUUAAAGGCUGGAAUUGGGGUGGAGUAAAAUUUGAUGGGCCUAUGCUCACUUUUGAAGUUGACAAACUACCUGGUUUUGAAAUUCCGCUGGAUAAAGUGUCACAUUGUACUACAGGAAAGAAUGAAGUUACAAUAGAAUUCCAUCAAAAUGAUGAAGCUGCAGUCAGUUUGAUGGAAAUGAGGUUUCAUAUCCCCUCUGCCGAGGUAGCUGGUGCUCCUGAUCCAGUUGAAGAAUUUCACGAUCAAGUAAUGCAAAAAGCCUCUGUCAUCAACGUUUCUGGUGAUGCUAUCGCAAUUUUCCGAGAAAUUCCAUGUGUCACCCCACGUGGUCGUUAUGAUAUCAAAAUGUUUGAAACCUUUUUCCAACUUCAUGGGAAAACAUUUGACUACAAAAUCCCAAUGUCAACAGUUCAAAGGCUGUUUUUGCUUCCACACAAGGAUGGUAGACAGAAGUUUUUUGUGGUGAGUGUUGAUCCGCCAAUCAAGCAAGGUCAAACUCGGUAUCCGUAUGUUGUUUUCACCUUCAACUCAGAUGAUGAAGAAAUUUCCAUAGAACUUCCGCUGUCUGAAGAAGAAUUGAAAGAAAAGUAUGAAGGAAAGUUGUCAAAAGAGUUGUCUGGUCAAACGUACGAUGUUUUGGGGUCCCUAAUGAAAGCCAUCACAAAGACUAAAAUUAUAGUUCCUGGAAGUUUUGUUGGUGCCUCUGGCACUCCAGCGGUUGGAUGUUCCUACAAGGCUGCAGCUGGAUACAUAUACCCAUUAGAGCGAGGUUUCAUGUUUGUGCACAAACCGCCAAUGUACAUAAGAUUUGAGGAACUUUCUAGUGUCAAUUUUGCCAGAGGUGCAGGAAGUAUGACAAGGUCCUUUGAUUUUGAGAUUAUGCUCAAGUCUGGUAUGGUUCAUACAUUUAGUAGCAUCGAUAAAGGAGAAUAUCAAAAGCUGUUCAAUUUUGUCUCGAGUAAAAAAUUAGUCAUCAAAGAUACCAGCAAAGGCAAAAACGUCACCUACACAGAAGACCCAGGCAGUGAUGAUGCUGAUGAGCCAGAUGCAUAUCUUGCUAGAGUGAAGCGUGAAGGCAAAGAGAGAGAGGAAGAUGAUGAUGAUGAAGAUGAAAGUGAUGAUGAAGACUUCAACCCUGGUGAAGAAGGAAGUGAUGUUGCUGAAGAGUUCGACAGUAAUCCAAGCACAACCUCCGAAUCAGGAGAUGAGGACUCAGACAGCAAAUCUAAGAAGAAGAAGAAGAAAGAGAAGAAGCCGAAGAAAAAAAAGGGCUCUGAUGAUGAUGAUGAUGGUGAUGAUGAUGAUGAAGAUGACAAUGAGGGUGAUGAAUCUGAUGAGGGAAAAAGCGUUAAGAAGAAGAAGCCAAAAGAACCGAAGAAAAAGAAACCAGCUAAGGAGAAAGCGCCGCCCAAGGAAAAGAAAAAAUCAACCGGAAGAAAGUCUGAUGCAGUUUCACCCUCCAAAAUUAAAAGCAAAGAAUUCAUCGAAGAAGAAAACACAUCAUCUGACAGUGAUUGAGAGGAUGGAAAAAUACACAUUAAGUGAGAAAAUACCCUCAUCUGCAUUUAUCUUGUCAUCGUCACCUUGUAAAUUAAGUUAUUAAACUGUAAUAUUUAAAUUUAAGUUUGCUGCAUAUCGCUCUUCAAAUGUCACUAUUUUUGAAUGCUUGAUUUCUUUACUGGAGAAUAUGCAGCAGUAUCUCAACUCAUGAUCUUAAAAUUAGCUUUCGUAUGUUAGUAUUAUUUUGUAUUUUUUGUACCUUCGACCAAAAUUGGUCGUGUCUUAUUUAUUUUAUUAAAGUUUCACAGCUCCAACUUUCUCAUGAA